AUGAUAAUUGUUCGUGUUAAUAUUGUCUGUCUGUGUGUCUUAGCCUUCGCUUGCUGUGCGGAGAGUGGAUGUUCUUGUGGCCCACAGCACCCGCAACAAGCUCUAUGUGAUGACAAAACUUUCGUCAUCAAAGCAAGGAUUUUAGGUAGAAGGAAAUUGACUGGUGCACCAAGUACUGAAUGCCGAGUCUACAAAGUUAAAGUAUUGCAAGAUUACAAGAAUACAUUUGAUCCAAUUCGAGGGGUGCAAAAGGUUUUCACCGGUUCUUCGCAGGAACCUUGUGGUGUAUACUUCAAUAGGAAGGUCACAUACAUUAUCAGCGGGUACAAAAAAGGCGGCAAAUUGGUGACAAGCGCAUGCUCCUGGAGCCAGAAGAUUUGCACAGUGACAUCAUUCCAAAAAUUCGCCUUAAAAACUAGUCUUUAUAAAUCAAAUUGUCAAUGCAAGGUUAAGGACUGCACAAAUGGAAAUUGCAACCCGCCGACAAGAGAGGACUGUGUCAUAAAAACUAACAGAUAUUGCUUCCAGAACAAGAACGCAUGCGUGAAAAAGUCGCAAUAUGGCGCUCUGCAGUGUGGCUGGAAAUCGGAAGUUUGUGCAUCAGCUCCAUUUUACAAAGUCAAUGUACACAAAAAGGUCAAUCAUGAGCCUCCAAAGAGCAAGAAUCUGCAUCAUGUGGUCCACUCUGAUAAACAUGAGGUUCACAAAUUGUUUGAUGUCCAUGUGAAGCAACACCCCAAACACGAAAACAGUCACAAAGUCAAUGUACACAAAGGAGUCGUGUAUGAGCCUCCAAAGAGCGAGAAUCUGCAUCAUGUGGUCCAUUCUGGGGAACAUGAGGUUCACAAACUGUUUGAUGUCCAUGUGAAGCAACAUCCCGAACACAAAAGUAGCCACAUUGUUCAUGGGCCAUAUUCCAAACACGUGUUGAAGAAUAUAGAUCACGUGAAACACCACGUCGCUUCUCAUCAUUGA